AUGGUUAAACUGGCGUUACAGUCCAGCUGUGUGUCACCGAGAGGAGAGACCGUGAGAGACGGAGACAGAGAGAUAAUUCCACACACUUUGAGAAGCGAUGUCAGUCUGUGGUGGAGCUGUGUCAUAAAGCUGAAGACCUUUUCUGGAAUAAACACUGACCUUGUCAGGACCUCAUGGAGACCGAAGCCUAGCUGAAGUGAGGCAGAACCUCAUUUCUUAGUCUCUUGUUAAGGAGAGUCUGUGGAACUCAACUUCUCCCCCGUGCGACCACUGCCCCCAUCCUGAGUCAGGAGGAACACCAUGGGAUCCCUCCCAGCUCACCUUCCCCAGCUCCUCCUCCUCCUCCUCGCCUCCCUGCUCCUCCUUUCCCACCCCUGCACUUCCUACAGGGUACAGCUUAUCGAGCGAGCCUCUGGCCUCGAGCAGCCGCAGCUCACGGGCAACUCCACAGAGCCCGUGAAGAAGAAAUGUGCGGGCACCGUGGUGUGUAAGCCUGGUGUCCUGCUGCCAGUGUGGCUGCCGCUCAACCCUCCACUGGGGGAGCAGGUGGGGAGGGCCAUCAUCUACUUCGUGUGUCUCAUGUACAUAUUCCUCGGUGUGUCGAUCAUCGCAGACCGCUUCAUGGCAUCCAUCGAGGUCAUCACCUCACAGGAGAGGGAGGUCACCAUCACUAAACCCAACGGUGAAAAGACCGUAAGGUCAGUGAGAAUCUGGAAUGAGACGGUGUCCAACCUCACCCUCAUGGCCCUGGGCUCCUCCGCACCUGAGAUCCUGCUCUCUGUUAUUGAGGUGUGUGGGCACAACUUCAGCGCAGGUGAACUCGGCCCGAGCACCAUCGUGGGCAGUGCCGCCUUCAACAUGUUUGUGAUCAUCGGUUAUUGUGUGUCGGUGAUCCCUGAUGGAGAGGUCCGCAAAAUCAAACACUUGCGUGUGUUUUUUAUCACGUCCUUCUGGAGUAUUUUCGCCUACAUCUGGCUCUACCUCAUACUGGCUGUCAUCUCACCUGGGGUUGUACAGGUGUGGGAGGCCAUAGUGACGCUACUUUUCUUUCCGGUGUGUGUGCUGUUGGCCUGGAUUGCGGACCGCCGCCUUCUCUUCUACAAAUACAUGCACAAGCGUUACCGCGCGGACAAGCGGCAUGGCAUCGUGGUGGAGAUGGAAGGUGACCUCGAGCCCAAAGGCAUCGACAUGAUCAUGGAUGGAAAGCCUGGAAACUCGUCCUGUGCGACGGUCUCUGUGCAGACGGGCAAUGACCUGGGCCAAAACAAAGAUGAGGUGGUUCGCAUCCUCAAAGACCUCAAAGAGAAACAUCCGGACAAAGACUUGGACCAGCUGAUUGAAAUGGCCAACUACUCCGCUCUGGUCCAUAAGAAGAAGAGCCGCGCCUUCUACCGUGUCCAGGUGACGCGCAUGAUGAUUGGCGCAGGUAACAUAUUGAGGAAACAUGCUGCUGAGCACGCACGCCGCACAGGGGCCCAGCACGCCGACAAGGCCACAUGCUCGCAUAUUUGCUUUGAAAAUGCCCAGUACCAGUGCACCGAGAACUGUGGCUCCCUGAGCCUCGGUGUGGUCCUUGACGGGGGCACGGGUCAGAACACUUUCUAUGUGGACUACUGCACCGAGAAUGGGUCCGCCAAUGCUGGGGCAGACUAUGAAUUCACUGAGGGAACUCUGGUGUUUAAGCCAGGGGAGACCCGCAAGGAGAUCAAGGUUACCAUCUUGGACGACGACAUCUUUGAAGAGGACGAGCAUUUCUUUGUGCGUCUUCAGAAGCUGAGAACAGAAGAGGGUGGAAGUGAAGGCACAGGAAAUCCGCCCCUGGGCAGACUCGUGGAGCCGAUGACUGCCACCAUCACCAUCUUGGACGACGACCAUGCCGGUAUCUUUACUUUUGGUCAGCAGGUGCUGCGAGUGAGCGAGAGCUCGGGCUUGCUGACAGUGACGGUGGUGAGGAACUCGGGCUCCAGAGGUACUGUUGCUGUGCCGUACCGCACACAGGAUGGCAGUGCCAAGGCCGGGGUGGACUAUGAGGAGAAGAUAGGGGAGCUGGAAUUCAUUAAUGAACAGACCAGUCAGACCUUACAGGUGCGCAUCAUAAAUGUGACGGAAUAUGAGAAGCAGGAAAACUUCUUUAUUGUGCUCGAGGACCCCAAAUGGCUAAAGCGAGGGAUCUCUGGAAACCCCAGCCCCGAGGAGGAAGAGGCCAGGAGGAUCUCCGAGAUGGGCAAACCCAUUCUGGGAGAGCACAGCAGGCUAGAGGUCAUCAUAGAGGAGUCCUGUGAGUUCAAGGAAACUGUGGACAAACUGAUAAAGGACACCGACAUGGCUGGAGUGAUUGGGACUCAUUCAUGGAAAGAGCAGUUCAUUGAAGCAGUCACAGUCAGUGCAGGUGAUGGGGAUGAAGAGGAGGGACAAGAGCAGCGAAUGCCGAACUGCUGUGACUAUUUCAUGCACAUAGUGUGUAUUUUUUGGAAGAUUUUGUUCGCUUUUGUUCCGCCCACCGGGUACUGGAAUGGUUGGGCGUGCUUCAUUGUGUCCAUCUCUGUCAUUGGCUUCCUCACUGCCAUUAUUGGAGACCUCGCCUCCCAUUUUGGCUGCACUGUAGGGCUGCGAGAUGCUGUCACUGCAGUUGUCUUUGUGGCACUGGGAACUUCACUCCCUGAUACCUUUGCCAGUAAAGUGGCUGCCACUCAAGAUCAGUAUGCAGAUGCAUCUGUGGGGAAUGUGACAGGAAGUAAUGCAGUUAAUGUGUUUCUGGGCAUUGGAGUGGCCUGGUCCGUGGCUGCUGUAUACUGGGAAGUCAAAGGUGAGGUCUUCCACGUGGAACCUGGCUCGCUGGCCUUCUCCGUCACACUCUUCACCAUUUUUGCCUUUUUCACUGUGGGAGUGCUGAUGGUACGCCGGAGGCCGUCUGUAGGAGGUGAACUGGGAGGCCCAAAAGUUCCCAAAGUCGUCACUUCACUGCUUUUAUUUGGACUUUGGUUUCUCUAUAUCCUUUUCUCCAGCUUGGAGGUCUACUGCCAUAUACCAGGCUUCUAAGAUUGGACACUCAUUCACACACACACACACACACACACAAACACACUACUCAGACACCGAUCUGGUCAGUUAACAACCAUUGAAAAGACCUGUCACCACUUGAUUACUGCUGCCAUGGUUCAUGAAGAACAUUUGCAUACUACACAUGCAGAUCUGUGCGUUUCCUCAACCCCAGGAAACCUCCAAUUGUCAGCGAAUGUGACUAAACUGAUGACUUUUAUGAAAUAACACGGAGCGGACAUUUUUGAUUAGGGGAGCAAACGGUCAGCAUAUCUGUGAAGACACUGGACUUUGCUUCAUCAUGACUCUAACCUGGACUCAUGCUUUUAUAGGCUGGAUGUAUACAUUAGAUGCUGUAACCCAGUAUUUGAGUUAGAAACAUAAUGACAGAGAGGAGCAAUGUUUUACAUGACUCUGCUUUGCAUUAUAGCAGUGGAACCUACUUUUAUCUUUACACCUUAUAAGCAUAUCAUCAAGUUUAUACCAUGGCCACUUGUCAUAGGCAAAUAAGGACCUGCGUUCAAAGUGCAGCAAUAAACAUGGAUCUGAGCAUGAUUAAUCCACAUUUGACUAUUUACAGAUGAUUGGUAACAUAGCUCUCCAGCUUUUGUGCAUCAGUUUAUAACAACUGUAACCCUGACUCUCGAUCGGUAGUGUCCUCAGGGCUGUAGGUGAUACGCGGGUUACAGUUCAUACACAGACAUAAUUACCGACACUUGCAGGACAGUUCCAAUGUUCUACUAUUUAUUCACACAUGUACAUCGCACAGCACUGACAACACAGGCAGGUAGGAACCAAAAACAUGAGGGGUGUAAAUAAAAUGUAAAUUCACAUUAAAAUAAUCACCCAUAUUAUACACAUAUACAUAUAUGUUCUAUAUAAUAUGCAGUGCACAGAACUAUUAUAUUUAAUAGCCUACAGGAAGUUAAUUUGUAAUUAUGUGCAACUGAAAAAAAGGGCAUCAUUAAUAUAAAUACAAAACAAUAUGCACUCAGCUAUUUAGAUUUAGAACUGUUGGACUUAUAAAUGGAACCCUGCCAGCCAAUCAGAAACAGGUAAGCAUCAGUGGCCAUUGUAUAAAAAAAACACAAGCACAAUUUGGUUACAAAUGCAAACGGAUACAAAUUUGUUGUAUUGCACUGCACCUACUGAAGUUGAUCCCACUCUGAAUAUUGACAGUAUAAUUGUAAUGAUGAUGCACACUACACAGACCCAAUUUUGAAAUGUAUGGAUUAAAAAAAAAAACAGAAUUAAUUUAUAAUAAGCCGUGUAAUUUAUAUAUAAAAGGAGAAAUAGGUACCUAAUGUCUGCCAUUUAGUUUGACUGUUUGAAAGUGAUGAUUCAUACACCACAGAAGUCCUAAGUGUUUAUUUAUCAAUGAUGUAUUUCAAUGUCUUUAUAAUUGAAUGUAUUUUGAGCUCAUAUAAUGAUAAAUAUAUGACUAUAAUUUAUUGUAAA